CAAGAGAGAGCAGCUAAGGAUAACCGCGAUAGACCUAUCAUAUUGUCAGUAUUUUUCCGAAGCGAAGGAAGCCAAGGAGCAGGAUGGUCUAGCCUCCGAAUCUAAAGACAAAACCACGAAUGUAAUUCCGUUACAUUCGUCAUCGAGCGCGCGCAAAGCCCGCUGAGUUUUUCGCCUCGAAACCCGUCUCCUCUUUGAGAGAUAAGUUCCCAUGCGAUUCUUCAGACUAACAUUCAAGUGUUUCGUAGAUUGUUUUUGAAGGUGCUCUCAAAUUCGGUGUUUUUCUUUGGGGGCAAGUGUCCUUUAUUUUUAUACACCUCAAAUUUAAUAGACAUUUCAUUCUGAUUUCCGUCUCAUCGUUGCGCGUUUGACAUUGCUAUACGAUAAUAGAGAUACAAAUUAGAACUAUUCAAGUGACUUAUCCUACCCUUAAAUUAAAAAGGGCAAAAAAAAAAAAAAAGAUCCUAUUCCCUUAGGAUUGCCCGAAGAAGAACAAAGGACCAUCUUGGGGUCCAGGGAAAUCGACCCGAACGAAUAAAAGAUUAAGAGCGCUGUAUCUAUUGUCCUGAAUCGUCACUGAUCUUUCCACUGAUUUCCUCCUCAGUGUUAGUGGGAAAUUGAGGGUGCAUUGUUUACAAGAGCGUAAUUGGCAUGGAGAAACCUGCAUUCGAAACUGACUGCUGUGCUGUGAACGUGGUCCUCGGGGAGGAGAAAAAGGGUCACCUCAUUCCGAACGGAAACGGGCACCAAGCUGGCGUGAAUGGAAGCCUCAUUGGUGGAGCUGAAGGUACAGGAUGCGGAGCCGCACCUGGCACGAUGUCGUCAGUGGAGAAGCCAGUGCCAGGGUAUCCCGAACGAGAGCAAUGGACCAGACAGAUGGAUUUUAUCAUGUCCUGCGUUGGCUUCGCUGUAGGGCUGGGAAACGUCUGGCGCUUCCCUUACCUAUGCUACAAAAAUGGUGGAGGAGUGUUUCUGAUUCCCUACCUCAUUAUUGGGGUUGUUGGGGGGAUUCCUAUAUUCUUCCUGGAGAUUGCAUUGGGACAGUUUAUGAAGGCUGGCAGCAUCAACGUGUGGAACAUCGCACCUCUAUUUAAAGGACUGGGGUAUGCCUCCAUGGUCAUAGUGUUCUUCUGUAACACCUACUACAUCAUGGUCCUAGCCUGGGCCUUUUACUAUUUCAUCAAGUCCUUCAACGCUACCCUGCCCUGGUCCACCUGUGAUAACCCCUGGAACACACCCAGCUGCAUCGAGAUCUUCCACCAUGAAGACUGUCUGAAUGGCACCAUCGGCAACACUACCUAUGGCAACAUGACAUGUGAGGAGCUGGCAGAUGGGCGUUCUCCCAUUAUUGAAUUCUGGGAGCACAAGGUGCUGAACAUCUCACAAGGGCUGGACUACCCAGGUUCCAUCAACUGGGAGCUGUUGCUGUGUCUUGCGGCAGUGUGGGUGAUGGUCUACUUCUGUGUGUGGAAGGGGGUGAAGUCCACAGGCAAGAUUGUGUAUUUUACUGCCACGUUCCCCUACGUUGUCCUGAUCAUCCUCCUGGUGAGAGGGGUGACUCUUCCUGGUGCCUACGAUGGAAUCAUGUACUACAUCAAGCCUGACUGGUCCAAGCUUGGCGAGGCGCAGGUGUGGAUUGAUGCUGGCACACAAAUCUUCUUCUCUUAUGCUAUUGGGCUUGGAGCUCUCACUGCCCUAGGCAGCUACAACAGAUUCAACAAUGACUGCUACAAGGAUGCCUUCAUGCUAGCGCUAAUCAACAGUGGCACCAGUUUCUUUGCUGGCUUUGUGGUGUUCGCUAUUCUGGGCUUCAUGGCAAACGAGCAGGGAGUGGACAUCUCCCAAGUGGCUGAAACAGGUCCUGGCUUGGCCUUCAUUGCAUAUCCUAAAGCUGUGACUCUGAUGCCAAUGCCCCCGGUCUGGGCUGCGCUCUUCUUCUUCAUGUUGCUCGUACUGGGUCUUGACAGUCAGUUUGUUGGAGUGGAAGGUUUUGUAACUGGGAUUCUAGAUCUCUUUCCUGGAAAGUAUUACAUGCGCUACAAGCGUGAAAUCUCUGUGGCAAUCUGCUGUUUAAUGUGCUUUAUUAUAGAUCUCUCCAUGGUUACACAGGGAGGGAUGUAUGUCUUCCAGCUUUUUGAUUAUUACUCCGCCAGCGGUAUGACCCUGUUAUGGCAAGCAUUCUGGGAAUGCAUAGUUGUCAGCUGGGUCUACGGUGCUGACAGGUUCAUGGAUGACAUUGCUCGUAUGAUUGGUUACCGGCCUUUUCCUUGGAUGAAGUGGUGCUGGUCAUUUAUCACUCCAUGUGUUUGCAUGGGUAUCUUCCUAUUUCACCUGUUCAACUACAAGCCUCUUACCUACAACAAUACGUAUGUGUACCCAUGGUGGGGCGAGGUGAUUGGUUGGUGUAUGGCUCUGAUGUCCAUGCUCUGUAUCCCUGUCAGCGUGCUGUACAAGCUCUGCAGGGCCACGGGAACCUUCAAGGAGCGUUGGGAGAAGCUGACCAAACCACAAUGGGGUCCCCAUCACCUUGAAUACAUGGCGCCUGAUACUGACGUCAAGAGCCUGGCCUCCCUCUCUGCCAGUACUGAAGACAAGGUUAUCAUCUUUGAAAGUGGUAUGUAGGCUAUAGCCUACAGGAGAGCCUUUGACAUCACUCUAAAGACCAGAUUAUUCUGUGUCUUGACCCUAACCUUGAUAAAUGAUGUAUUAAUUUGGAUUAAUGACACAAUCAAAAAGGAUUCACUCACUAAUUAUGUGCAAUCAAUUUGAGAAUGCAGAUGAUGUACACAGACGGUUCUCUGAACCUAUACAAAAUCAAUUCACAACGGUCUAUUGAACGGUCGAUAAUCUUCACCUGGGAUGUUGAUAAUCAAUGUCCCGAUUGGUCCAUUCUAUAAACUGGUGCCGUGUUGUCUUUGGAGGGGGGAUGUGCUGGGUUGACUCCUAAACUGUCCCUCCCUGUCUGUGACUCUAUCAGGCCAGAGCCAUAGUCUACCUAUGUGUAGCCACCAACUCACCCAGUAUGGCAGAAUUUUUACAGGCUAUCUUUAAGACUGAUAUGGGAUUCCUUGAAAUUACACAUUACUGCAAGACAAAUCAUGUGGUACGGAGGGUUUGUAUAUCAACCUGUGUAGUGCUCCUUUAUAAGAAAUCUUGCAUAAAAAGCUAUUUUGCUAAUUUGAUACAUGAAAAUAUAUGUAUUACACAUUGAGAUAUGAAUAUAUAAUCAAAAGCAUUAGUUCAAUUGAUAUUAUAUCAUAUACUGUAUAUUACACUACAGUUUGUCGAUUUGGCUGAGUUGAUUAUAUAAAAUACAGCAUUUUUCCAAUUGACUUCGAUAUUCUGACUUCUAUAGGCCCCUGAAGCAAUAUAGUUGCCAAACUGUCAAAAUUACCAUCUUUGAUCAUUGAGCUUGUGUAAUGUGUCUUUCAUGGCAACAAUAGACCUCAGAACUUUAGACAUAAACUAAAGAUUGAUUCAAGUGCCAAAUGGAGCAUACUUGUCAUUCUCUUGUUAUUGAUAGAGAAUGGUUUUGGUUGCCAUAUACACUAUCUAUUUUUAUUUGCCUAGAUCAGUCUGAUAUAUAUUGUGUCUUCCGAUUUAACUGUCUGAUGUUUGGGAACAUCUUGAAAGAAAACAAUGCAGCUCUUACUCAUGAAGCAGUUUAGAUGCCAUGAAACAUUGUCAUUGAUAAGAGUGUCUAUAUAUAUAUAUUUUUUAAAAAAUACAAAAAAAGAAUAUCAACGAUAAUCACUGAUUCUAUCUUCUGCACGUCCUAAGAUCACUCUUCUCCAAUUCAAAAAAGGUGACUGGCUGAUAUACAGUGGGGAGAACAAGUGUUUGAUAUACUGCCGAUUUUGCAGGUUUUCCUACUUACAAAGCAUGU